UCCAGUAUCAACAGCCCUUUGUAUUAAGGGCAAUAACGCUCCUCUAUAAAUCUAAUAAUUAAAUAAAAUCGAAUUUACGAUGAUUUUUUGGGCGAUCUGUUUAACUGCACUUGUGUGGACCACAACUAAAUGUGAACCACCAGUUAACAGCUAUCUACCUCCAUCUGGUAGUAAUUCCAGACCAUCUUCUCAAUAUGGCACACCAGCUCUAGAUGGCCAAAGGGGCCAGGGCCAGCCUCAAUCUCAAAGAUUCCAAAAUCAACCUUCCAAUAGCUUUAAUGCACCUGGCUCGGGACAAUCCCUGACCUCCGAAUAUGGGGUACCUGGCCAAGGAUCUGGUUUUCCGAGGGGUGGUCAACGUGGAUUGGGGCAGGGAAACAUACCAAGUUCGCAAUACGGAUCUCCAAACGGUUUUGAUGGGCAAUCAUCAUUUGGUUCAGAUGGCAAUCGUCCUCAAACAUCUUACGGUACACCAAAUCAAGGUGGUAAUAACCCAUUUGGAGGCCGUAAUGGCCAAAGACCUGAUGCUGCCUACGGAACACCUGCAAGUGGCUUCCAGCCAUCCGGUGAUUUUGGUUCUGAUGGCUUUUCCGGUUCUAGUUCUCGCCCUGGAAGUAGAGGCCGUCAACCACAGAGAGGCUCGCCUUCGUCAUCUUAUGGAACCCCUGAUUUCGGAGAUGCAUCUGGUUCCGGAUCUGGUUUUGGGUCCGGCGGUGGAUUUGGAGGUGGUCGUGGAGGUGGUCAAGUGGGCAGCCAAGGAUAUCCUCGUGGUGGUGCAGGUGCUAAUGCGUUUGCCGGUGCUGAAGCUGGUUAUCCGCGAGGUCCCGGUUCUCAAGGUACUUCUGGUGGUUUCGGACGAAACACACCGGGUGGUCAAGGAGGAAACGUCCCUGGAGCUGGGUAUCCCGGUCGCGGCCAAGGUCAGGGAGGAUCUGGCUUUGGACCAGGCGGUGACGACGAAGGUUAUCCAAGUGGUGGACCAAACGGACCCAGAGGUUCUGGAUAUUAA